AUGCCGCCGCCGCUCGGCGACGACGACUCCUGCCUGCUUACCCCGCUCAUCUCCGCCUCCCCUCCUCCUCUUCCUCCCCGGGCAACCGCGAGGCUCCACCCGCUCCCUCUCCUCGUCGGCGCCUUGUUCGCCACCUACUACCACCUCCUCGUCGCGCCCGCCCCGUCCUACUACCAAUCCCUCUUCCUCUCACUGGGUUGCAACGACACCGCCGCCGCGCACCUGCGCGCGCUCACCGUCCGUCCCCACCUCGCGGGCACCGAGGCCAACGCGCUCGCCGCCGACCACGUCGUCUCCACGCUCUCCUCCCUCUCCUUCCCCACCCGCGUCACGCCCUACGAAGUCCUCCUCUCCUACCCCGUCCGCCGUUCCCUCUCCCUCUCCGCGCCAGGCCACGCCACCACCACCUUCGCGUUGGUGCAGGACACCUACCCCGGCGACCCCUACGCCGCGGCCUCGGCGGAGGUCGUCCCCACCUUCCUCGCCUACGCCGCGUCCGGCUCGGCCGCCGCCGAGGUGGUCUACGCCAACUACGGCCGCACGGAGGACUACGCCUACCUCGCCUCCCGCGGCGUAAACGUCACCGGGAAGGUCGCCCUCGCGCGCUACGGCAAGGUGUACCGGGGCGACAUCGUGAUAAACGCCCGUGACGCUGGCGCGGCGGCGGCGGUGAUAUUCACCGACGCCAAGGACUACACACCGGGGAAGGCCUUUCCGGAUGGGCCGUGGAUGCCGGCGACCGGCGUGCAGGUGGGGAGCACGUUCAAGGGGGUGGGGGACCCCACGACGCCGAUGUGGGCGUCGUCGGAAGGGUGCGAGCGCGUGAGCAUCGCGGAGGCGAUGGCCACGGACGACAUGCCGGGGAUACCGGCGCUGCCGGUGUCGGGAAGGGACGGGGAGGAGAUACUGCGGCUCGUCGGCGGGGACGUCGCGCCAGAGGAUUGGCAAGGCGGCGAGGGCGCGCCGGUUUACCACCUCGGGCCCGGGCCGGCGGUGCUCAAUCUGUCCUACACAGGGAAUGAGACGAUAGCUACUAUUCAGAAUGUUAUUUCGGUGAUUGAAGGGAAAGAAGAACCAGAUAGGUAUGUUAUUCUUGGCAACCAUCGGGAUGCGUGGACAUUUGGGGCAGCUGACCCAAACAGCGGAACGGCAGCCUUGCUUGAGCUAGCUGAAAGGUUGUCUAAGCUACAAACCAAGGGUUGGAGACCUCGCCGGACCAUCAUUUUGUGUAAUUGGGAUGCCGAAGAGUACGGAUUGAUAGGAUCCACAGAAUGGGUUGAAGAGAACAGGGCAAUGCUAACUUCAAGAACUGUUGCUUACCUGAAUGUAGAUGUUGGGGUGUCUGGUUCUGGAGUUGACGCGUCAGCCACUCCUCAACUUGAUCAAUUGCUUAAGCAAGCGAGUAAGAAGGUUCAAAAUCCCGAUAAUGGAACAGAAAGUCUGUAUGACAUGUGGAUGGCUUCUGAUAAUUCUCUGUUUAUUAAGAUUGGAAGGUUAGGAGGUGGAGGAUCAGAUUAUUCUGCCUUUGUUCAACAUAUUGGUAUUCCUUCAGUCGACAUGGCUAUUGGGUCAGGAUACGCAGUGUACCAUAGCUUGUAUGAUGACUUCACAUGGAUGGAGAAGUAUGGAGAUCCCAUGUUCCGCAGGCAUGUCGCAGUGGCAAGCAUAUGGGGGCUUGUUGCUUUGAGGCUUUCAGAUGAGGAGAUCCUACCCUUCAACUACAGCUCUUAUGUAACAGAGCUUGAGAAUGGUGCUGUGGAUAUAAAUAAGAGAGUACUAGGAAUGCCUGUCAGCUUAUCUCCCCUCCACAAGUCAAUCAAACAGCUCAAUAGAGCAGUGCUGAAAGUGGAUUCUGAACUUCAGGCUCUGCAAACAUGGAAAUUUUGGUCCCCAUGGCGAAACGACCGGUUGAGGGUAAGAGAUCUGAAUGACCGGCUGAUGAUGACCGAACGGGCAUUCACAGAGAGGGAAGGACUGUCUGGGAGACCAUGGUACAAACACAUGAUUUAUGGACCUUCACUGUACAACGAUUAUGGAGCGGAAGUGUAUCCAGGUGUGGAUGAUGCCAUUCAGACUGCAAAGAAAACAAAUACCUCCGAGUCCUGGCAAUCUGUACAGCAUGAGAUCCACAGGAUUGCUAGAGUCAUCAGCCAAGCCGCGUUAGUCCUAAGUGGAGGGUUGACAUGA